GCUGCAUUCUCAUGUGACUCCCCCUUCACCUCUCUAGCAGGGAGAUUAUGGCGUCUGAAGGUCGGCAGUAUCUCUGUCAGAUUCUCUUUGUGUCCUCCCUGUCCUUUGGGGCAGUGGGACAAUACUUUAACCCUGAUCUACCAUGUCACAGACCGCAGGCAGCAGACGGGAGAGUCCAGAGUAUCAAGACAUACCCGCGACCUUAUGAAUAUCUGAAAGUCUCUGAUUUGCCGAAGGUUUGGGAUUGGCGAAACGUGAAUAACAGAAGCUAUGUCAGCAUCACCCGUAACCAACAUAUUCCUCAAUACUGUGGCUCAUGCUGGGCUAUGGGAACAACGAGCGCACUUGCAGAUCGUAUAAACGUCAAGAGGAAAGGUGCUUGGCCUUCUGCAUAUUUGUCUGUCCAGAAUGUUCUAGACUGCGGUCAAUCUGGCUCUUGCUAUGGGGGAGACCAUUUAGCAGUUUGGAGUUAUGCUCAUGACAAUGGAAUACCAGAUGAAACCUGCAACAACUACCAGGCUAAGGACCAAGAGUGUAAGCCAUUUAACCAGUGUGGCACGUGCACUACCUUUGGUGUCUGCAAUGUGAUCCAGAACUAUACCGUGUGGAAAGUUGGGGAUUAUGGUGAAAUUAGUGGACGUGAGCAGAUGAAGGCAGAAAUCUACACCAAUGGGCCUGUCAGCUGUGGUAUAAUGGCAACAAAGAAACUGGAUGCUUACCGUGGAGGAGUGUUUGCAGAAUAUGAGCCGCUGGCUAUCACCAAUCACAUUGUGUCAGUGGCAGGCUGGGGUGUGGAUGAAGAUGGAACAGAGUACUGGAUAGUCCGGAACUCUUGGGGUGAACCAUGGGGAGAGUUUGGGUGGCUACGGAUUGUCACUAGUGCCUAUAAAAAUGGGAAGGGCAAUCACUACAACCUUGCCAUUGAGCGGCAGUGUGGCUAUGGAGAUCCUAUACUACAAUGAGGAGCUGCCUUUGCAACCACAGAGCUUGUAGAAUAAAGCAGCCAUAUUUUACCUUGGCAUAAAUUUGAAGUGGAUGUUAAUAUAACCAGUGUAUAAAACUGUAAAGUAAAUAAUAAGAUUGAUUUGUAACUUG